AUGGCACACAGAUUCCCUCCCGUGCAAGGAGGAGGCUCCCUCAUAGUCGCCUGGCAGGCGAAAGCGAAACAUGUUCUAGUUGUCGGUGGUGGAGAAGUGGCUGCAGGUCGCAUUCUCCACGCCCUCAAUGCCGAUGCCAAAGUAACCGUUGUCUGCCCUACCUCCGGCCUCAAUGAUGAAGUGGCUUUUCGGGUAGCAGAGGGACAAGUUAAUCACAUUGAUAGGAACUUUGAGCCUGCCGAUCUGGAAGGCGCAGAUAUGGUGCUCUGUGCCAUUGAUGAUCCGGACGCCUCGACACAGGUCUGGAAGCUCUGCAAGGAGAAGCGGAUCCCGGCAAACAUAGCUGAUGUGCCGUCGGAAUGUGAUUUUUACUUUGGUAGCGUCCAUCGUGAUGGGCCAUUGCAGGUCAUGGUCAGUACCAAUGGAAACGGACCCAAAUUGGCCAGCAUUGUCCGCAAGAAGAUAGCGGACACACUCCCCGAUAAUAUGGGCGCAGCUAUAGACAACGUGGGUAAAUUGCGGAGGAAGCUGAGGGAUAUCGCCCCCAAUCCUGACCAAGGCCCGAAACGAAUGAAAUGGAUGUCUGGAGUUUGCGAGUCAUGGAGCUUAGAGGAUCUUGUUCAGAUGGAUGACAGUGACAUGGACGGUCUUUUGACCCAUUACGCAUCCGGGAAAAUCCCAACCCUGAAUGAAGUUCGGUCCUCUUGA